AUGGCGCCCCGGGGGCCCCCGCGCGCCCCGAAGGGCCCCGGCCCCGCCGCUCGAGCCCCGAGUCCGGGGGCGCCGCCGCCGCCGCCGCGCUCGCCGCGCUCGCGGCCGUUCCUACUGCUGCUGCUGCUGCUGGCCGCCUGCGGGGCGGCGGGGCGCUCCCUCGAGCCCGGGCGCCUGGGUCCCCGCGCGCUGCUGACCCGGGUACCGGAGAGCCCGCCCGCGGGGCGCGCGCUGCCUGGCGGCGGCGAGGACCGCCAGGCGCGCGGCGCGGAGCCCGGCGCCCCGGGGCUCGGUCCCGCUCCAGGUCCCGGCGAGGACGGCGCCCCCGCCUCGGGCCAGGGGCGCUGGGCGCGGGCGGCUCCCGGGGCCGGAGCGGCUUCGCGGGCGCAGGUCUCGCUCAUCAGCACGUCGUUCGUGCUCAAGGGGGACGCAACGCACAACCAGGCGAUGGUGCACUGGACGGGCGAGAACAGCAGCGUGAUCUUGAUCCUGACGAAGUAUUACCAUGCAGACAUGGGGAAGGUUCUGGAAAGUUCUCUGUGGCGGUCCUCGGACUUCGGGACAUCCUACACCAAGCUUACCCUCCAGCCCGGCGUCACCACGGUCAUCGACAACUUCUACAUUUGCCCUACGAACAAGAGAAAGAUCGUCCUGCUGAGCUCCUCGCUCAGCGACCGGGACCAGAGUCUGUUCCUCAGCACGGAUGAGGGGGCCACCUUCCAGAAGCAGCUCAUCCCCUUCUCGGUGGAGACUCUGAUUUUCCACCCCAAGGAGGAGGACAAGGUCCUGGCCUACACCAAGGAGAGCAGGCUCUAUGUGUCAUCGGACCUGGGGAAGAAGUGGACGCUUCUGCUGGAGCGAGUGACCAAAGACCACGUGUUCUGGGCCGUGUCUGGGGUGGACGCCGACCCUGACUUGGUCCACAUGGAAGCCCAGGACCUCGGAGGAGGGUUUCGCUACGUCACCUGCCAGAUCCACAACUGCUCCGAGAAGACUCUGACGGCUCCGUUCCCCGGCCCCAUCGACCAAGGCUCUCUGACCGUGCAGGACAAUUACAUCUUCUUCAAGGCAACUUCAACCAACCGGACCAAAUACUACAUCUCUUAUCGUCGCGGUGAAUUUGUCCUGAUGAAGCUGCCGAAGUACGCACUGCCAAAGGACCUGCAGGUCAUCAGCACGGACGAGAGCCAGGUGUUCGUGGCGGUGCAGGAGUGGUACCAGACGGACACCUACAACCUGUACCAGUCGGACCCACGUGGCGUGCACUACGCACUGGUCCUGGAGGAUGUGCGCAGUUCCCGGCAGGCGGAGGACAGCGUGGUCAUCGACAUCCUCGAGGUCCGAGGGGUGAAAGGGGUCUUCCUGGCCAACCAAAAGACCAAUGGGAAGGUGGUGACACUUAUAACCUACAACAAGGGCCGCGACUGGGAUCGCCUGAGGCCCCCGAGCACGGACAUGAACGGGAAACCCACCAACUGUGAGCCCCCGGACUGCCACCUCCACCUGCACCUGCGAUGGGCAGACAACCCCUACGUGUCGGGCACUGUGCACACCAAAGACACUGCUCCGGGCCUCAUCAUGGGUGCAGGUAACCUGGGCUCCCAGCUGGUGGAAUAUAAAGAAGAAAUGUACAUCACGUCGGACUGUGGCCAUACCUGGAGGCAGGUAUUCGAGGAGGAGCACCACAUCCUCUACCUGGACCAUGGCGGCGUGAUUGCAGCUAUCAAGGACACCUCCAUCCCCUUGAAGAUCCUCAAGUUCAGCGUGGAUGAGGGCCUUACCUGGAGCACGCACAACUUCACCAGCACCUCUGUGUUCGUGGACGGGCUGCUGAGUGAGCCAGGGGAUGAGACACUGGUCAUGACCGUCUUCGGCCACAUCAGCUUCCGCUCCGACUGGGAGCUGGUGAAGGUGGACUUCCGGCCCUCAUUCUCCAGGCAGUGCAGUGAGGAGGACUAUGGCUCCUGGGACCUGACCGACCUGAAGGGCGACCGCUGCAUCAUGGGCCAGCAGAGAAGUUUCCGGAAGAGAAAGUCCACAUCCUGGUGCAUCAAGGGGCGGAGCUUCACGUCGGCGCUUGAGUCCCGGGUGUGCAGGUGCCAGGAGUCGGACUUCCUCUGCGACUACGGAUUUGAGCGCUCCCCAUCCUUGGAGUCUGAGGCCAACAAGUGCUUUGCCAGCUUCUGGUUUAACCCCCUGUCCCCACCAGACGACUGUGUCCUGGGCCAGACCUACAGCAGCAGCCUCGGGUACCGGAAGGUGGUGUCCAACGUGUGCGAGGGUGGCGUGGACCCCCGGCAGAGCCCCGCGCAGCUGCAGUGUCCGCUCAUGCGGCCCCGGGGCCUGCAGGUCAGCAUCCGUGGCGAGGCCGUGGCCGUGCGGCCUGGAGAGGACGUCCUGUUUGUGGUGCGGCAGGAGCAGGGUGACGUCCUAACCACCAAGUACCAGGUGGACCUGGGGGAUGGCUUCAAGGCCGUGUACACGAACCUGACGCUGACUGAGGACCCCAUCCGGCACCGCUACGAGAGCCCCGGUGUCUACCGCGUGUCUGUCAGGGCGGAGAACGUGGCUGGGCAUGACGAGGCCGUGCUCUUUGUCCAGGUCAACUCCCCCCUCCAGGCCCUCCACCUUGACGUGGUUCCUGUGGUCGGCGUCGACCAGGAGGUGAACCUCACGGCUGUGCUGCUGCCCCUGAACCCCAAGCUCACUGUGUUCUACUGGUGGAUCGGCCAUAGCCUGCAGCCCUUGCUCUCCUUGGAGAACUCCGUGACCACGCGGUUUGCAGACCCAGGGGACGUGCGCGUGACGGUGCAGGCGGCCUGUGGAAGCUCGGUGCUGCAGGACUCCACGGUGGUCCGCGUGCUGGAUCAGUUCCAGGUGGUGGCUCUACACUUUUCCAAGGAGCUGGAUGCCCACAAUCCCAACACCCCUGAGUGGAGAGAGGACGUUGGCCUGGUGGUGACGCGGCUGCUGUCCAAGGAGACCAGCAUCCCUGAGGAGCUCCUGGUGACGGUGGUAAAGCCAGGACUGCCCACCUUGGCUGACCUGCAUGUGCUCCUGCCCCCUCCCAGGCCCACGAGGAAGAGGAGCCCCACCAGUGACAAGAGACUCACCGCCAUCCAGCAGGUGCUGAAGGCACAGAAGAUCAGCUUCCUUCUGCGGGGCGGGGUCCGGGUCCUGGUGGCCAUGAGGGACACAGACGCAGGUUCUCAGAGGCUGGGAGGCGCUGGUGGCUACUGGGCAGUGGCGGUCCUCUUGGUCAUCGGACUCUUCGCGGUGGGCGUGUUCAUUCUCUACAAGUUCAAAAGGAAACGCCCCGGGAGGACCGUGUAUGCCCAGAUGCACAAUGAAAAGGAGCAGGAAAUGACGAGCCCCGUGAGCCACAGCCAGGCCGUCCAGAGCGCCAUCCAGGGGAAUCACUCCGGCGUGGUCCUGAGUAUCAACUCCCGAGAGAUGCACAGCUACCUGGUGAGCUGAUGUCCCCGACGCCGCGCCCCGGACACUCGCCUCUGCGCCGUCUCAGCCCCGGAGGGCACCGGUGCCCGGACCCGCGUCCCCUCGGAGACCUGCGGAAGCACCACCUCCUCCAGCUGUCCCCAGGCACGGGGGACAGACGUCCCCUCUUCAGCUCACGACCGCCCAGCCCACAAGACGCACGGGGAGGGGCCUGCGGACCCCUUCCCCGCCCCCAUCCCCUGGAUACCAGGCCCAGGGCGCCUCUCGCUCUCCCCACCCCGCUCUGGGCUGGUCUCUGCCCUAGCCCCUGUGGACCACCGGCUGCUGAUGCCCAUUGUCCCAGCCCGAGGCCUGGCCUCCCUAGGGGGAGGUGAGCCCCUCAGGCGGCCCUGUAGGCC